AUGGCAGCCACAAUCCCAACUAGGCUGCUUAUUCUUUCUGAUACACACGGCAAAGACUUUGACUUGGAUGAUCGACCUAACCAGCAUGCAGACGUGGUAUUACAUUGCGGUGAUCUCACUGAUGGCUCAAAGCUGGAGGAGUUCAGAUCCACGAUUAAAAUGCUCAAGAAUAUCAACGUACCACUUAAAUUGGUCAUCGCUGGGAACCACGACUUCACCAUGGAUAUUCCUGCUUUCAAAGCCAAGCUUGCUGAGGUAGUAACGCCCUUAGAGCCCAGUCUUGUGGCGCGGGAGUACGGAACCUUCGGGCAAGCCAGACAACUAUUCGACGAUGCAAGAAAAGAAGGUAUCGUGUUUUUGGAAGAGGGAACCCAUCACUUCACGCUUGAUAGUGGAGCUCGUCUCAAGGUCUAUGCUAGCCCAUAUACUCCAUCUAUGGGCGCAUGGGGCUUUCAAUACCGCCCAAAUAAAGGCCGCCAGUUUCACAUCGAAGAAAAAACCGACAUCGUUAUGACUCACGGCCCGCCAAGAGGAGUUAUGGACUUCACUUACAGGGGUGAAAGGGCAGGCUGCCCUCAUCUCUUCGCCAGCAUUGCCCAGGCGCGGCCACGGAUUCAUUGCUUUGGUCAUGUUCACGAGGGAUGGGGCGCAAAGGUGGUUACUUGGAAGGACAGUGGGUUCGAUGAGCCGUCUCACUUUACAGCCAUCGACAACGAAAACUCUCCUGUCAUCGAGAAGUUGGCAACUCUGAGACCAAAUUCAUUCGAUUCAGAAGGGACGGCAGUGGAAAAGCGUCAGAAAUUGGAAAAGUUGAGACUGAACAAGUGUGCUACCACAAGCCACUGCAAACAAGACAAGUAUCCGCUCCAGGAGGGCAGGGAGACAUUAUUUGUGAAUGCAUCAAUAAUGGGAGGCGAAGAAUUUUCGCAGAGGCCCUGGGUAGUGGAUAUUGAACUUGAAAUCAUAGAUUAG